UUAUUUUUUUUUUUUUUACUGAUUGAGAGUCUAGCGUGCGGAGCUGGGGCCUCAUGCCCACGAGAAGCGAAUGCCAUCAUGGCUGAGGCGAAUGCUAGAAAAGGGUGCCAAAACCACACAGUCCAAUCGAAUUACUUCGGACGGUAUGCUUUCGAGACAUGAAACGGUUGAGAAUGAGACUACUGGAAUUAUCCCAGUACUUGCCCAGCUCUGUGAGCAGGAUAAGUCUAUCCAACGUGCUUUCUUCUGUAGCCCCAAAGUCAGUCAUAUUUUCAAAAUGCCCAGAGAGGGCGGGUUUUGUGGCUAUAGGAACAUCCAAAUGCUUGUCUCCUACAUCCAAGGAUCCCAGUCCACGGGGCAUGAGCAGUUUUCUGGAAAGUUACCAACAAUUUUGGAAUUGCAAGAUAUGAUAGAAAAGGCUUGGGAUAUGGGAUUCAACAGUGUUGGGAGAGUCGAAACCGGAGGAAUUCGCGGCACAAGGAAAUUCAUUGGCACGCCUGAGGCACAGGCUCUAUUUACGAGUCUCGGAAUACCGUGUGAAGCCAAUAGUAUUAGUGAAACAAAUAAAUUGCGUGGUUAUGAUGCUUUAUACAGGAAUAUUGCUUCAUAUUUCCAGCCUGCAUUUUCCUUGGAUGGAAAUGAUAAGAAAGUUAUUACGACGAGUUUACCACCCAUAUACUUUCAACACCAAGGACACUCCUUGACAAUCAUCGGGUUUGAGAUUCGGGGAAACGGCAGUGGAAACCUCCUUGUAUUCGACCCGAUGUUCAAGACUUCACCGGCAAUAAAGCGUUUGGUAGGGACGAAUGCAAAGUCUUCAGACCCGGCUCGACUUCUGAAAGCACACCGUCGAGGCGCAGCAUACUUGCAGAAGUAUAAAGUUUUCGAAAUCCUUAAGCUCUCCGUCCCGGAUUUGGAGAUCUACCAUAAUCCAUAAAGCAGCUUACUUGUACAUACACAUACAGCUUUUGACACAUCUGGAGCACAGAGGGAGGGGUGCAAUAAUAGAACAAAACCAUUCAAGCUCUCUAUGUACACACAUUCCUUUUUCUUUUGCCUUUGACAGACCACUGCUGAUGGUUAGAGCAUAUAACUUGUAAUAUUCCAAUAACAAACGCCUAUAUAGAUAUAACGUGGAGUUUUGUUAUCUUAAAAUGUAUAUCUAUUUUAAACUUAUUUCUACCUAGUGCUGGGACAUCGAGUAUUAUAUACCUACCUGUUUAUCUAAAAACAUCACCAUCGCCG